AUGAAAGGCUGUGUUCCACCUCCUUCCCCAGCUAUAAUCAUUAACCAGUGGCAAUUUACUCUUGGAGGUAUUUGUAGUGUUUUGGGCUGCUUUGGUACUCAGUGUAGAUUUCUCUUCCCAGAUAAUCUCUUGGGAAUUUCCUGGGUUGACAGCUCCUGGAUUCCAAUAUUAAACAAUGGGAGCGUGUUGGACUAUUUCUCAGAGCGAAGUAACCCAUUCUAUGACCGAACAUGUAACAAUGAAGUCGUCAAAAUGCAGCGGAUGACCUUGGACCAUUUGAACCAGAUGGUUGGAGUAGAGUACAUCCUUCUUCAUGCUCAAGAGCCCAUUCUCUUCAUUAUCCGAAAGCAGCAAAGGCAAUCUCCAACGCAAGUUAUUCCAUUGGCCGACUACUAUAUUAUUGCUGGAGUGAUUUAUCAGGCACCUGACUUGGGGUCUGUCAUUAACUCCAGAGUUCUCACUGCAGUGCAUGGAAUUCAGUCUGCUUUUGAAGAAGCUAUGUCCUACUGUCGCUAUCACCCAUCCAAAGGCUACUGGUGGCAUUUCAAAGAUCAAGAAGAACGAGAGAAAGCUAAACCAAAAGCCAAGAAGAAAGAAGAACCAAGUUCUAUUUUCCAAAGGCAACGGGUAGAUGCUUUGCUUUUAGACCUAAGACAGAAGUUUCCACCCAGAUUUGUUCAGCAAAAGCCUGGAGAAAAGCCUAUCCCAGUGGAUCAAAUCAAGAAGGAACCAGAACCAGCCCCUGAAGCUGUCAAGACAGAGGAAAAAGAGACUGUCAAGAAUGCUCAGCAGAGUGCUGGUGCAAAAGGACCACCUGAAAAACGGAUGAGACUCCAGUGAAGGGAAAAGUUGUUAUGCAUCUGGAUUAGUACCUGGGAAACAGGAGAUUAUUGCUCCUCUUUCUUUGUAUUUAAGCUCCUUCGCUGAGAAUGAAGAUUCAGGGACUGAAGUCCCUGUAACAGCUUUUUCUGUAGAAACCUCUCACGCAAUAUCAGGAUGUGAGCUGCCUCAAAGGUGUUUUCAGUCUUCAUCUUAUUUUGAACGUUGGCUUCUGAGAAUGUCCAUGUAAAAAACAUACUUUGCAGCCUCCUGAAAUCUUUACAGACUCUUGCAUCUCUUGUGUCGUGGUCUCCUAUGUAAAAAAACCCCAAACUUUUAUAUAGAAAAAAUAAAUAAUCUGAAUUCUUGGCAAAUAAAACUGGCUGCUGGAA